AUGUCAGGAUCAAUUUUCUAUAGAAGAUGUCGCUUCAUUUUUUACCUCAAAGAAGAAUUAACACAAAAAAAUAUUGGAAAUCAUUUGAUUUUUGAAUGUGGCACUAAAUUUAAUAACAGAUUGUCAUCACGAAUUACUCGUAAUUUUGUCUCGAAAAAAAAGGGAAAUGAGGGAAUCCCUAAAAGCCAAGCUAAACCUGUAACUGCUAAAACUCACGAGGAACUUUCUGAACAGGCAGCCAAAAAAUUUUCGAAAAAAUAUAAAGAACGUACUGGAGAAACAAUCGAUCCAGAAUAUGAGGCUUCUAUUGGUGACAGAAAGGCAGAACAAAGUUAA